CCUCUGGCCUCAAAUCACAACCCGACAACGAGCAAGUGAGCAUACUGCUCUACUCCAUGGGAUCGUGUGCUGACGACAUUCUCGCAACACUAAAGAUCGACGGAGCGAAGGCAACCUUCGAAGAGAUGACAACAGCGCUGAAUACCUAUUUUGGUGUCCGAAAAAACGUCAUCGUUGACAGAGCUCGCUUCAAUCGUCGCGUGCAGAAGCCCGGAAAGUACCUCACCCUUUACUUCCCAAAGUGAAGCUGGAGUUGGACAAGAUGAUUCAGCAGGGAGUCAUCUCUCCAGUCACAGAGCCAACCCAAUGGUGUUCUGGUAUGGUCCCAGUCCUCAAGCCUAAUGGAUCUGUCCGUAUUUGUGUAGACCUCGUCGCACUCAAUAGAAAUGUCCAGAGGGAAGUCCACCCGACGUUUUCAGUCGAUGAAAGUCUGGCCAAGCUCAGCAAAAGCAGAGUCUUCUCUAAACUGGAUGCCAACAGUGGAUUCUGGCAACUCCCACUUGACAAGGAGUCACGUCUACUGACUACCUUCAUCACCCCCUAUGGCAGAUUUUGUUUUAAUCGUGUUCCAUUUGGAAUCUGCUCAGCACCAGAGGUCUAUCAGUGUACCAUGUCCAGCAUCCUACAAGGGCUAGAUGGAGUGAUAUGUCAUAUCGACGACACGCUGGUUCAUGGAGACCCAGGAGCAACAUGACACAAGGCUUCGUGAAGUCCUUAGACGCCUACAAGAGGCAGGUGUGACCCUCAACGAGAAAUGUGAGUUCUCCAAACCCUCUGUCAAGUUCCUCGGACACAUUAUUGACCAAAGUGGUGUGCGCCCAGACCCCGCUAAGACCGAAGCAAUCAAGAGUUUCCCAACUCCUCAGGCAGUCAAUGACCUGCAGCGAUUCAUGGGUAUGGUCAACCAGAUGGGAAAGUUCCUCCCAAGCUUAGCUAACCUCAACGAACCUCUAAGACAACUCCUGAAGAAAGAGAAUGAGUGGGCCUGGGGCGAGUCUCAGCAACAAUCCUUCACAAGGAUCAAGGAAGAGCUGACGUCAUCAAGAAGUCUUGCGCACUAUGACCCUAACCGCCCAACCAUUGUAUCCAGUGAUGCAUCCAACCUGGGUAUAGGGGCAGUCUUACUUCAGCUACAAGACGACGGAACUAGGAGAACAGUCUCAUAUGCAUCCAGAUCACUCUCAGAGACAGAGAAGAGAUACGCAGUGAUAGAGAAGGAAGCACUGGCAGUUACCUGGGCAUGUGAGAAGUUUACCAACUAUGUUCUUGGCAUGCAGUUUACAGUUGAGACCGAUCACAAGCCGCUGGUCCCUCUCCUGAGCUACACUGACCUGUCAAGAAUGCCGCCUAGAAUUCUGAGAUUCCACAUGCGUCUCCUGAAGUACAAUCCCCAUGUAGUUUACGUACCGGGGAAGAACCAAGUCAUAGCUGAUACAUUGUCACAAGCUCCAGCAAGCAAACCACUCCCAGAAGAUGACACAUUGGUAGAAGAAGUUGAAAGCUUCACCAGUCAGAUUAUCACCGGUUUACCAGCAACUCCUAAGCGACUUCAAGAAAUCAGAGAAGCACAAGAUGCUAACGAAGAAUGCUCCAAGAUUAAGAAGUACUGAGACCGUACUGGGAGAACAAAGGUCAUCUUGCUGUCGUGGACGGACUACUACUGUAUGACGAGAGAAUAGUCAUCCCACGAGAGAUGAGAUUGGAGAUCCUCAACUCGAUCCAUCAAGGACACCUGGGGAUUACCAAGUGUCAAGCCCGAGCACGGAUGUCUGUAUGGUGGCCAGGUACACCUCGGCUAUUACAGAUCUGGUAACCAAGUGUUUCACAUGCGCCAAGCAUCGACCAGAGCCGAAAGAGCCUCUGAUUCCCUCUUCUUUCCCGACCCGUCCCUGGCAAAAGAGUGGCAGUAGAUCUCUUUGACCUGAAAGGGAAGUCCCACAUGGUCAUAGUGGACUACUACUCAAGGUGGGUAGAAGUCAGGAAACUCACAAGUGAGUCCUCGGAAACCGCAAUCAGUGUCC